AUGACAAAAGAUAAAAAUUAUGAUGUUUCCUUAGUUUCUGUGGGAACUAUUGAUUCAGAAUUACACUUCGGACCUUUUUCGUAUGAAUGGUGGAUAGUUUGCAAUCAAGAAAUGGAAUUUCUGGUUCCUAUUCGUCUGCAUAUGAAAGUAGUAACCCAUUUAAGUGGACAUGACUUUAUUUUAACAGUGGUGAAAGGUAAUAGGGAACAUUUUGAACAGCCAGGGUACAUUUGCACUUGUGAAUCUUUUUAUACUACUGAGCCGAGUAUUUCUAGUUCCAACGCGAUAUCUACAGUUUAUCAACAAAUGUUUCAUACUAAAACCAGAUUUUCAG